AUGCCGAAGGUCUGUGGGAACCCAGAAUGGGCGGAAUGGGUGCAGGAGCUCGCGGACAGGGCAGAAGAACGCGGCGAGAAGAGCUCACAGACCUAUAAGCGGGCCGCGAAUGCGCUAAAAAGCUGCCCAUUACCCUUCACGCACCCGGACGACGCCCUCCAGCUCGUAGGAGUCGGGCCCAAGAUCGUCCAGUACCUCGUCGGAAAGGUCAAGGCCAAGUGCGAGAAGGAGGGAUUGCCCAUGCCAGAUCGCAUCACCUCUCCUGCUCGUCCUCGCGUCCAGAAGGCUACCAAGAAGAAGCGUCCCUCCGCUGCUUCUUCCGACGGCGAAGUCGACCCUCGUGAAGCCCGCCGCCAACGCCUUACGAAGGGCAACCCAGCUCUUCCUCCUCCUGGUGCAAUCGCUUUCCAGGCUCACCCGGACGGACACGAGUGGAACAAGCCGCUUCCGGGCCAGAAAACCGGCGAAGCUCCUCGUGCUGCUGCUGCUGGGUCCGAUCCCGAGGACGACGAGGAAGCGGGCGCUGAGAAGGGCAAGGGCAAGGGGAAAGGCAAGGCGCGCGAGUACAUUCCGAGGCAGAACAGCGGCGCCUACGCCAUCCUCCUCUCCCUCUACAAGAACGCCUCGUAUGACGAACCGCAGUCCUGGACGACCAAGAGCAAGAUCAUCGAGGACGGACAGGAGUACUCGAACACGCCUUUCGAGACGGGAACGGCGGUGCGAGGCGGGCAGGUGCAGGGCGGCCAGUCAUUCACGUACAGCGCUUGGAGCGGCAUGAAGACGCUGACCGGCAAGGACCUCGUCGUCUCAGACAACAAGCGUCCGGCCAAGUUCGCUCUCACGCCCGCCGGCUACGCGCUUGCGGAGAAGCUCGCUCCUUCAGCCGACAUAGUCGUUCACGCUCGCCCGCCCACCUCUUCCGCCGGCCACCCUUCCUCGUCCGGCCCAAACCCGCCUUCUUCGUCUGGUCCCGCUCCCGGUCCUUCACGACCCGGUUUUCCAGGCCUCGGACGGUCUCUCGGCUCGACAUCCGCCUCAGCCACGACGAGCGGUCCAUCCGUCGGUCGCAGCUCGUUCCAUGCUUCCGCACCUCGACAACGCCAGCACACGCCGCCGCUCUUCCUGGAAGACCCGCUUCCACGUGCGAACGGCGCAGGGGACGGAGAUGAAGACCCCGAGUUCCAGGCGCAGAUGCGGGCGGCGCUCGAGCUGAGCAGGCGCGAGAGUACCGCUGCGCUUAGCUCGGAGCGGGAUGACUUGUUCGAGGGCGGCGCGAGGAAUGGGAACGGCUCGACGAGCAGCAGAGGUCUCGAUGGAAGGAAGGCGGCGUCGGGGAUCUAUGCGGCUACGGCGAAGCAGGCGGUCGCUGCGCCUAUCGUCAAGAACGUCGAUACCGCCUUCGGCUACUUCUACCUCACGGAGGACGACGCCCGAACUCUGCGCCGCGACGAAGCCGAGACCUCACAGACAGACGACGGCGCCGACCUCCUCUUCCGCAUCGAGUACCGCGCUGCGCAGGACUUGCAUCCGAUGGUGCGCGGGCUGAAGAAGGUUGCGCAUCUGACGAGGAGCGAGCCUCUUCCGGGCGGAAUGACCAAGUCUGGCUACAUCCGCGAACGGGUCAGCAACUUGAUCGCCCCAGGAUUCCCGCAGAAGAUUCGCGCCGCAGCGGCGGCUACCAACGGCGCCGAAAAGGAGAAGGCUAUCGAGGCGGACCCGAUGUCGAGUUUGCUGGGCGGGUACAAGGCGCCAGAGAAGCGGAGCAAGGAGGCCAUGUACGCCGCGCCGCCGCAGGUCAGGCAUCUUGGUGGCGCAGGUGCAGAUCUGGGAACGAAGCGCGGCGCAACGAGCGUCGCGAACGUUCUUGCGCGCUUCAAUCCCACCGCUGCAGCUGGGAUUGCCGACGACCCUCCCGUCGCUCCCGCCGCCUCCUCAUCUCGACUGCCGACACAUCGCCCUGCUCCAGCCCCAGCAGCCGUAGGCAGCAGUCCAAAGCGUCCUCGUUUGUCUGCCUCAUCCAUCCUUGCCGACGCGCCUCGCGCGACAAGCUCGACCUCGACGCAGAAGCCCCUCUUCGCCUCUUUCGAUGCGCCUGCCGCUAGCUUCGCCGCCUCUGCCUCGAACGGCGGACCAGUCAUCAAUCGACACCCUCUCGAUCCUGUGCGCGACCACGUCUCGUCAACCUCGUACACCUUCACGCCCUUCUCGCCUAUCGUCUGGCCGGCCGGCUCGUUCAGGGUCUACCUCGUCGUUGACAGCCGCGAAGGCACGCGCGAACAUGGCAAGCGGGUCGAGCUGUGCGAGAAGAUUGAGCGCGAGGGUGUGAGGGUGGAUGGCAAGAUGAUGCCGCUGGGAGAUAUGAUCUGGGUUGCGAAGAAGGUGGAUCCGGCGACGGGGCGACCGACAGGAGGAGACGAUGUCGUUCUUGACGCCAUUGUCGAACGAAAGAGGCUCGACGACCUGUGCACCUCGAUCAUCGACGGGCGGUAUGUCGGUCAGAAGUUCCGCCUCAAGGACUCGGGCAUCUCGCAUCGCAUCUACUUGGUCGAGAAAUACGAUGUUGCCGCGCAGUACGAAAAGUUCGGCAAACAGAUCUGGACAUGCAAGUCGCAGCUGCAGGUCAAUGACGGCUUCCUCGUGCACGAGUCGGCCAACAUGGCGGAUACGAUCAACUGGCUCAAGAAGCGGACGCAGGUCAUGAGCGAGAUGUACGAGUCGCAAGACCUCCAUGUCAUCCCCGACUCGCACAUCGACCGCACCUCAUACCUCUCGCUCCAGCAGCACCUGCGCCAACGCUCGCCCGCGACUGUCCACCACACGACCUACUCGUCUUUCUGUGCGCUCAACCGACCCGACGCGGCUCUCACGCUCCGCACGCAGUGGGCAAGCAUGAUCCAGCGCGUCAGCGGAGUGAGCGCCGAGAAGGCCGUCCAGUUCCUCGGGCGCUGGGAGACGCCGAGGCAGUUUUGGGAGGAGGCGUGUGGUCAUGAGCUCGAGGUCGAGAGGGAGAACGAGGCGCUUGAGGCUGCAGCGGCCGGAGCCAAGGGCAAGAGGCAGCCGAAGAAGCGCAAAGCGGAGGACUUUGUCUUCGAGGAGCUCGACGACGGCGGGACGAGGGGCAUCAAGGGCAAGCUGGGCGCCAAGAUCUGGGAGCUCUUCAUGGCGGAGGGCGAACGGUAUGCGAGCUGA